AUGUACGGCACUUCCCACUCCUCCGUUUCCGCCCCGAUGAAUGGAAUCGGGGGAGAUCUCGUUGAUGGCUCGGGGACUAUCAAUCCGGCUGCGUUGAACAACAGCGUCGCAGUUGUUCUCCCCGCACCGUCCUACGCUGCGGCAGCAACAACAACCCUCACCCCCCUACCUCGUGGCGUGAAACGGAGUCGAACUCCGGACCUGCGCGGGAACGCGCGCGCUGAUGGGGACCACGAUGACGCAGAUGACCAUGGUCGUCGCAAACGGGGCCGUCCCCCCAAGACGCCGCGACCCUCCACCGCGAACACGAAUGAUCAGUCACAGUCGGCUGGUCUUCAUGUGCAGACUCCUCGGAUGCAAACCCAGCCGCUCCCGCCCCACGCCGGCGUGAAUGUUUCGCCCCCGCAGGCAUCGCCUUCGGACAAGACGACGCCAACGAAAACUACCCUCGUCAAGGCGCUCCCAACAGUGCGAGACCACACCACAGACCAACUCAACGACGAGGGAGAUGAGUACAUCCCCAAAGAAUUCGACGAGGCUGGUGAGAAGAAGGUGGAUGCCAUGGGGUAUCCCCAGGGUGGUCGGGAAUACAAGUGCCGCACGUUCCGGGUCCCUCUCCGCGGCACCAAACUCUUUAUGCUAGCGACCGAAUGCGCGCGUGUUCUAGGGUAUCGCGACUCUUAUCUCCUGUUCAACAAGAACCGCUCUCUGCACAAAAUUAUUGCCACUCAAAUUGAGAAGGACGACUUGAUCCAGCAGGAUAUCUUGCCCUACUCUUACCGAUCACGUCAGAUCGCCAUCGUCACCGCGAAAUCCAUGUUCCGGCAGUUCGGCAGCAGGGUGAUCGUCAACGGUCGACGGGUGCGUGAUGAUUAUUGGGAAAGCAAGGCGCGCAAACAAGGGUUUACCGAGGAGGACCUGGCCGGCGAGAAGCGACCUGGUGGCUCCAAGGCCCGCGAUGCGGCUGCCGCCGAAGCGGCCAGCGCGGCCAACCUGCUGCCGGCCCUGGCCCAUGGCGAUGUCAUCUAUAGCAAUGCGCUCGAGGCGAUGCCGAACAGCUUACCUCUGGGUCCCCCGUCUUCGGUGUCCCACGCACCGCUUCCGAUGAUCCACAUGGCCACCACGACGGAUGAUCCGCGGUUGAGGGAAUAUAACAGCAUGCCCCGAACCCGCCAGGAGUUGACCGGUCAACCGUACCAGGACCGGUCCCAGCCCAGCUCGGCUGCUGAUAUCUUGAAUCAAGCUUCGCACACGGCCGAUUUCAACAAGAUUCUAAGCUCGCAACGCAGCUAUCGCCAGAAGGGUCUGGAGGAUUUCUACGCCAAGCAACGCGAGAUCCCGCAGUCGGCGGCUCAGUCUCAGCCAGGACAACUGGACACCGCCGCAGCGAUUUCCCAACCCUUGCAGUCGCCUCAAAUGCCGUCGGCCGGGGUGAUGAACUCGACUCAAUCGCAGCAGCCCAUGCUUCCUCAUCAGGCGGCUCCCAUGAUGCCCGGUCAGUCGGGCUUCCAGCCGCCGGCCGGUCAUCACCAUCAGCAGCAGCAGCCACCACCACCACAGCCGCCCGUUGGACAGUCGCCCGUUCGAGCCAUGCCUCUCGUUCGUCCUGACCUCAUGCACCAGCGGUCCAACCCGGCUUUGUCUGGUGGGGGAACGCCGCAGCCUCAAGGGCCUUACGGGUUCCCAUCCCAGCCGCAACAGAUGUGGGGCCAACCGCCACCGCAGCCGCAGCCUUCCCCCAUGUCGGCCAGCGGGCCCCAGGGCGUCGCGAUGCCGCAGUAUGCCCAGCAGCUACAUGCGCAGCAACAACAUUCGCCUUCGCCUCUCGCCCAUUCUCUGCCGCAACAGCCACAUCCCUCCCAGUCCCCCCGUAAUCAGCCUCGUCCGUCCGUUCCCCAGAUGCCGCAGUCUUUCCCCUUACAUCACCCACAAGCACCUCAGCAGCAGCCCAUGGCUUCGAUGGGGUUCCCUGGUAACACGGCAGCCCCUUAUCCCUCCAUGACGGCUGCUCGAGGCAUGUACCCGUCGACUCAAGGUCCCGGGGGGCAACCCUUCAUGGCCGGCACUCCCCCGCAGCCUGGAAUGGCAAUGGGGAUGGGUGCCGGUGGAGCCAUCCAGGGCUGGUCUCCGCAACCCGGGACACCGAUGCAACCGGGUCAUCCACAGCCUGGUCAGUCCGGAGCUCCUCUUGGAUGGUCAAACUAUUGA